GUGUAACCCACCUUUGUCGCAUUUUCGACGCCAUUAUGAGAAUUGCUUCCCGGCUGUGAAGAAUUCUUCUUUCUAUUACUGUUUCAAGUGAUCAUGUCAAAGCAAAUAGAUACAGUUAUAUGGUUGGCAGUUAAUUAUGUAAAUGUAGAGGAGGAGGAGUGCGAGACAAAAUUGCUGGACAUAUAUGAAGCUUGCUUGGCAUUCUACUCAUUGAAGAAACAAGCACCUCCUAGUAAAGACUUAGUAGGUAAGCUGAUACCAAGAAUUUUUGGUGUCAGUUCUACCAAUAAAUUCUUUAAAAGUGAUUACAAAAAAAAAAUUGUAUACGAACAGUUAAAAUUGAGGCCUCAGAAUAGCAGCCCUGUAGUUAUUCCAGCUUAUUGUUCAGCUCUUGAGGAAGAAAAUCAUUAUAAAAUAAGAUGUCCUUUACCAACUCUGGUUAAUAAUGAACAACAAUUUUGUGAUGUAACAUUUGGCAAAGAUGACACAUGGCUGACACUGAAUAAUACAAAUUUCAAAAGUGGAUUUCCACUGCAGAUAAACCAGGCAAAUGUGGAUGGUAUGCUUAAUGUUAUAUGUUCCCUUAAACUUUGUAGUGGGAUAAAAACUCAUGCUGAAGUCAAUUCAAGUGCAUUUCAUAAGGAAACUUGUUGUUUGUUGAAUGACCCUGAAAAUAGUUAUGAAACACUGAAAUCAAAAUCCUGUCAAAUUAUGUUAAACUGGAUCGGAAAAAGUGUAACCUGCAUGAGAUGUGUAGAUUCAUAUUCUAAAACACAAUCCAAGAAUAAAAGCAAGAAACGGCUUAAUGAAAAUGAAAAUUUAUCCCAACUGAACGUUAAAAAAAAAUGUGUCGAUGAAAGACCAGCUUUAAAAGAAAUGAAAAAUAGUAUGAAUUGUAUUGAACCAGAAUCUUUGAAACCUUUGCCUGAAAAUAAAAUUAUAACCACUCAAAUUAAUGAAUAUCAAGCUAUUUCUAUUCCCGAUGAAACUGUGAAAAAUCCAAUCGAUGAAAAUCAACCUAUUUCUAUUCCUGAUGAAACUGUGAAAAAUUCAAUCCAACUUUCAGAGAAGGAUCAUGAUGAUCUAGAAGAAAUUUUGAAGUUAGUUUUAAAAACGGAUGUCUCAGAAAAUUUUGUACUUCUAUUGAUAUCGCAGCUGAAUAACUGCAAAAAAGGUUUAGAUGUUCAUCAGAGAAGGUGGGACCCUAAAAUAAUUAGUUUGUGCCUAACUCUUUUUAUAAGGUCUCCACAAACAUAUAAUGACCUUAAACAAUCUGGAUUUCUUGAAUUGCCAUCAAAACGGUUAUUGCAGUACUAUAAAAAUUCUGUAAAACAAACUCCUGGUUUUAACUAAGGUAAUAUUACUUGGAUGACUAAUGAAAUGGAAAAACAAAAAAUUUCUGAAUUUGGAAAACAUGGACGAAAUGUCUAUUCAGGAUGACCUAAUUAUCACAAAAUCUGGUGAUUCCUGGAAUAUUGUUGGCUUUGUUGAUAUGGACACCACUAACAAUAAUAUUGAUAUAAUUUGUAAAGGAAAAAAAACUGUGGCGCUUGCCACUCAUGCUCUCCAGUUUGUUUUCCAUGGACUUACUGGCUUCAGAUGGCCUAUUGCAUAUUUUGGAUCUUAUCCGGCAACAGCACAUCAACUUUACACAACAUUUUGGAAGUGUGUUGAUAUAAUGGAUGAUCAUGGCUUUACUAUUGAUUAUGUUAUGGCUGAUGGAGCCUCAACCAAUCGCACUUUCACAAAUAUGUUAUUUAACAAAUGUAAUCCCAGGGAACAUGAUUUUGUGUUUCGUGAUGUUUUUUGUAAAAGUCACAAAAUGUUUGCUAUUCAGGAUAUAAUGCAUGUCAUUAAAAAAAUUAGAAAUAAUACAGAGUCUAGUAAACAGGAACACAAAACAAAAGCUGGAAGAUAUCUCAUUAUUAAUGAUAAACCAAUAAUAUGGGAGCACUGGAUUGAAGCAUUUAAAUUCAAUUUUCAAAAUGGCUUUGCAAUACAUCAUAAGCUUACAGAGGAACAUAUAUAUCUGACACCUGCAUCAAAAAUGCGCAAUCAAUUGGCAAUUCAUGUAUUAAACAAGGACAUGCUUUAUCUCAUGAAAUCGUAUCAGGCAACUUUACCCAGGCCUGAGAUGUUGGCAUCAACUGUAGAGCUACUUGAACAUACCUCCCAGUUGGUAGAAAUAUUUUGUACCCAGAAUCAGACAGUUUCAUCAAUGGAUAAUCCAAAGUUUGCAAAACUAAUGAACAUUCUUAACUUUUUUAAUUCGUGGGAAGAGACUGUAAAAAAAUCUGUUAUGAUGGUAGACUCCAAAAAUUUAAUAACCAGAGAAACCCGAGAAGACAUUAAUUCGUCAAUAAUGGGAUUUAUUUCAUUUUGUCAAGUUAUGCUUAAGAAUGGUAAUAGCAUUAACCCUGGGUAUCUUAAUUCCGAUUUAGUGGAAAACUUGUUUGGCCAACAAAGAGGAAUAAGGAAUGGUGCCAACACAAACUCAACUUUAGCACAGUAUGGGCCUGCAAAUACGGCUAUAAUUCUUGGGCAAUGCACUGUCUCCAAUAAAUCGAAUUCUGGAAAAACAGCCUCCUUUUUCACAGCAACAACACCAUGUCCUUUGAACCCAGCUAGAAAUAAGUCCAAUGUUGCUAUGAAGAGAGGAAUUCGACUUUAAUGUCACAAUAAUCAAUCACAUUUUAUAUAAAAAAUUAACCUUUUAAAGAUUUUAAGCUUUUA